GGCGCUCGCGGCGUCUCUCGGGAGGCAGCGCCGCGCCCGGGAGGAGGCGGCGGCGGCGGCGGCGGCGGCGGCUGAGGAGCUGCCAGCCCGGGCCGCUGCGGGAGCCGGGGCCGGCGGACUGCCGAGCAGCUGUCGCGAUGGAGCAGUUAUCAGAUGAAGAAAUUGACCAUGGUGCCGAAGAAGACAGUGACAAAGAAGAUCAAGAUCUGGACAAAAUGUUUGGAGCCUGGCUGGGGGAGCUAGACAAGCUUACUCAGAGUUUGGAUUCUGACAAGCCCAUGGAACCAGUAAAAAGAUCUCCCCUUCGCCAGGAAACAAACAUGGCUAAUUUUUCUUAUCGCUUCUCCAUAUACAACUUGAAUGAAGCUCUGAAUCAGGGAGAAACGGUGGAUCUGGAUGCCCUGAUGGCCGAUCUUUGCUCAAUAGAGCGGGAGCUCAGCAGUAUCGGUGCAGGAAACAGUAAGCGUCAAAUCACAGAAUCAAAAGCCACUCAGAAAUUACCUCCUAGCCGACAUUCAACAAAACAUGGCACCUUGAAAGGAUUGUCUUCUUCAUCUAAUAGGAUUACUAAACCAUCACAUGCCAACUACUCCCUGGAUGACAUUACUGCACAGUUAGAACAGGCCUCUUUGAGCAUGGAUGAGGCUGCUCAGCAGUCUGUACUAGAGGAUGCUAAGCCUUCCAUAACUAAUCAGCACAGAAGAACGGCAUCCGCGGGCACAGUGAGUGAUGCUGAAGUGCGCUCUAUUAGUAACUCCUCUCGCUCCAGCAUCACUUCUGCAGCUUCCAGCAUGGACUCUUUGGAUAUUGAUAAAGUAACACGUCCUCAAGAACUGGAGUUGACACAUCAGGGGCAGCCAAUUACUGAGGAAGAACAAGCAGCAAAAUUGAAAGCUGAGAAGAUCAGAGUUGCCCUAGAGAAAAUUAAAGAAGCCCAAGUGAAAAAGCUAGUUAUUAGAGUCCACAUGUCUGAUGAUAGUUCUAAAACAAUGAUGGUGGAUGAGAGACAGACAGUGAGACAAGUGCUGGAUAACCUGAUGGACAAAUCCCACUGCGGUUACAGUUUAGACUGGUCACUAGUAGAAACCAUCUCUGAGUUACAAAUGGAGAGAAUCUUUGAAGACCAUGAAAACUUGGUUGAAAAUCUUCUUAACUGGACAAGAGACAGUCAAAACAGGCUUAUGUUUAUGGAGCGUAUAGAAAAAUAUGCACUUUUCAAAAAUCCACAGAACUAUCUUCUGGGGAAAAAGGAAACGGCUGAGAUGGCAGAUAGAAACAAAGAAGUGCUGUUGGAGGAAUGUUUUUGUGGAAGUUCUGUAACUAUACCAGAAAUUGAAGGAGUCCUUUGGUUGAAAGAUGAUGGCAAGAAGUCUUGGAAAAAGCGUUACUUUCUCUUGCGAGCAUCUGGUAUUUACUAUGUCCCUAAAGGAAAAGCGAAGGUGUCUCGGGAUCUGGUAUGCUUUCUCCAGCUGGAUCAUGUCAAUGUUUAUUACGGACAGGACUAUCGGAACAAAUACAAAGCCCCGACAGACUGUUGUCUGGUGCUGAAGCACCCACAGAUCCAGAAGAAAUCUCAGUACAUUAAAUACCUUUGUUGUGAUGAUGUGAGGACCUUGCACCAGUGGGUCAAUGGUAUCCGAAUCGCAAAGUACGGGAAGCAGCUCUACAUGAACUACCAAGAAGCUUUAAAGAGGACAGAGUCCGCUUGUGAUUGGACUUCCUUAUCCAGCUCCAGCAUUAAAUCAGGGUCCAGUUCCUCCAGCAUCCCAGAGUCUCAGUCAAACCACUCAACCCAGUCUGACAGCGGCGUGUCCGACUCCCAGCCAGCAGCACACGUGCGCUCCCAGAGCAUCGUGAGCUCCAUCUUCUCCGAGGCCUGGAAACGAGGCACGCAGCUGGAGGAGUCCAGCAAGGCCAGAAUGGACUCUAUGAAUCGAUCCUACACUUCACUCAUGACCCCUUUAUCCCCACAACCUAAACUAGUCAGCCCCUUCACGGCCUCCCAGCCUUCGCCUCCUCUCCCACCCCCACCCCCACCCCCACCGCCCCCCCCUCCGCCCCCGCCCCCGCCGCCCCCUCCUCUGCCCAGCCAGUCUGCGCCUUCUGGGGGCUCCGCGGCCACCGUGUUUGUCAAGUACAGCACCAUCACCAGGCUGCAGAACGCCGCUCAGCAUUCAGGGCCCCUGUUCAAGCCCCCGCCCCCCUCCGCGGUGCAGCCUCUGUCCGCCACCUCACAGCCAGCAAAGCCUCAGAUGCCCGUGCCCCCCAACGGAGUGGUGCCCCCGCCCCCGCCCCCUCCGCCGGCCCCCACCCCCGGCUCGGCCAUGGCCCAGCUCAGACCCGUGCCUUGUGCGCAGGCCCUGCCCCAGUUCAGCCCCCCGCCGCCCCCGCUAAAGAUCCAUCACGUUCCGCACGGCGUCCAGGCAGCUCCCCCGACACCCCCACCCCCGCCGCCCGCCUCUCCCCAGGCGCCCCCCAAACCCCUGGCGACCCUGCCUGCCUCCCCCCAGGCGCCCCCCAAACCCCUGGCGACCGCGCCGCCCGCCUCCCCCCAAGGGCCCCCCAAACCCCUGGCGACCGCGCCCGCCUCCCCCCAGGCGCCCCCCAAACCCCUGGCGACUGCGCCGCCCGCCGGCUCCAAGACCGCGCCCCCAUCCCCCAUCCCCCCGGCCCCCCCGGCCAAAAAGCCGGCCUUCCCCCACGUCCCGCCCGCGCCGGCCGCUCCUCCGGGCCCGGGCCCGCCGCCCACCCUCCCCAAGCACCAGGGCUUGGCCGGGAGGCCGCCCGCCGCCCCGCCGUCCCCGGGGCUGUCGGUGGUGCGGCAGAUGGCCAGCCAGUUCCCCGCGCCCGCCGAGCCCCCGAAGCCGCCCGCGGCGCCGCAGUCCCCGCCCGCCGUGAAGGCCAAGCCCCGGUGGCAGCCCGGCGCCCCGGCCCCGGCCCCGGCCCCGGCCCCCGACUUCCCGCCGCCGCCGCCCGAGAGCAGCCUGGCGUUCCCGCCGCCGCCGCCGCCGCCGCCGCCCACCCCGCCGCCCGCCACCCCCACCGCGGCCCCCGAGCGCAGCGGCUCCCCGGGCAAGAAGCCGGCCAAGACGGCCAGCCCCGGGGCCAAGAAGCCUCCCCCGACCCCGCAGCGCAACUCCAGCAUCAAGGCCGGCGGCGCGGCGCCCCCCGAGCCCAAGCGGCCCUCGGUGGACAGCCUGCUCAGCAAGUUCGCGGAGCCCUCGGGGUCCCCCGGCAAGGACACCCCAGCGCCGCCGGCCGCGCCCCCCAAGCCCGGGAAGCUGAACCUCCCCGGAGUGCACCUGCCCGGCGGCCUCCAGCAGGGGGCGCCCGCGAGGGCCUCCGUCCUGGGUGCGCGCGGCCAGGACCCGGCCGUGGAGUUCCCCUCUCCGCCCUCCGACUCGGACUUCCCGCCGCCGCCCCCGGAGCUGGAGCUGCCCCCGCCCCCGCCGCCCGUGGAGAUCCCGGCCGCCUUCCUGGGGGCCGCGUCCCCGCGGGUGGCCGUGGUCAGCCCCCAGCCGCAGCAGUGGGCCAAGCCGCCGGCCAAGAAGGCGCCUCCGCCCACGCGGCCCAAACGGAACGACAGCACCCGCCUCACCCAGGGCGAGCCCGCCGAGCCCCCCGCGGUGCCGCCGGGGCCCACCUCCCCCAAAGCCGGCCUCGGGGUGCAGCCCGGCUUCCUGGCCGACCUCAACCGGACCCUGCAGCGCAAGUCCAUCACACGGCACGGCUCGCUCUCCUCCUCCCGCGUGUCCAGAGCAGAACCCACGGCCACCAUGGACGACAUGGCCCUGCCCCCGCCGCCCCCCGAGCUGCUGUCCGACCAGCGGAAAGCCGGCUACGGGGGCAGCCACAUAUCCGGCUAUGCCACCCUGCGGAGGGGGCCCCCGCCCGCCCCCCCAAAGAGAGACCAGAACACCAAGCUCUCCAGAGACUGGUAGCUGCCUAGGUGUGUUCCCUGUUUCUGUAAUCCGUCUACAAUCAGCUCGCCUGGCCAUCUGGGAGUUCAGGUGUCAGAGCCUUCCUUCCGGUGUGCUUUCCAGGUAGAGUCCAGCUGUGUGUGUGUACGUGUACAUACCUAUACAGUGAGUGUGUGUGGGUGUGUGUAUAUGCAUAUGUAGAGCUGGGAGUGAUUCUAUUUAUUCCCUUUCAUAAUCUGAAAACGGAUUUUGUGUAUUUUGGGCAGAAGAAGCAUGGAAGGGGUUGUGUCCUGUCCCUUGCGAUUUCUAGUAUCUGUCAUGUGGAUUGGGACCUAAAAACAACUUCUGUUGACUUUAGAAGGUGCAUUCUAGGUCUCCAUGUGCGGCUCCUGUGCAUGUGAAGUAUCAUAUACUGAGGAGGUGUGUCAUGUGCUGUUUCUGUUUGAAGACAACCACGACGUUUGGUGUCUCGGUGGGGCUUUUGUGUUUGGUUUUCCCCGGUUGGCUAAAGUUAGAACUCUUGACUGACACUUCAUGACUAUACAUAAAGGGGCACUUUAACCAGGAAAACCUCUCAGCUUCCUAGAACGGGUAGCAGUGCCGCAUGGGGCGAUUUCAGACGCUACAUUGUGCAGUGAGGGCGCAGUGACCCGCUGACCCUGGGAUGUCCUCUGCCUACAACACGUGGACAGUGUCGUACUGUAACCUUGGGCGUUUUGUGCUGUUGGAAUCCUUCCAUGGUUUCCCGAUCCUCGCUUUGACUCGCUGUAAGAACCACCCAGCGUUAGAUGUUGGUCUUAGAGAUCUCUAACAGUUGCUAUAUCAUGUUUCCCAUCCUAUGUCCAAUAUAGUGCAUCAUUAUGAAAAGCAAAGUCACCUUCUGAAAUGUCCAUACUGCUCUCUAGAAGGCCAGGGUGAUUCCAAAGGAACAAACUGGCCUGUGCAGGUGCCAUUGGUCAGGUUGUGCACAGAUUGUAACGUGGAGCCUGUCAUGGAGGGGCAGUGAAUGCGGUUGGUGCUGGAGCUCGGAGACGCUGCUACAGCCAGGGGUGGGCAGCUGUCCUUCCCAGUGUUCUCCGGGGGAGCAGUGGAGUCCAGCAUAGUGAGGGGCAUUACAUGUUGUGCAUGUGCAGUCUGGCAUAACAUGAAAUCAUUGCUCUAAUGACACAGUAAGCCUGUAUGCUUCAUGCUACACUUCAUGCACUUUUUUCCCCUGUGCAUUUCCUUUUGUAUCUGAGGGAAAUAUGAUAAAUUGACCAUCAGGAAUAAAAGGCAAUCUCAGAGCUGCUCUUAAACAAAAGAACAAAAACUAGCUACCCCAGGAGUGACGGGAGCACAUCUUGUAAUGAGAGUCUGUCUGUGUGACGAAGGAUGACAGUGCGGAAAUCCGCUGACACUGCCCCCGAAGGAAAAGCUGUGCCCUGCGCUGGAGCAGUGGGAAUUAGAGUAAGUGGUAGUUAGGUGUGCAGGGUCCCAAUACCCGUGUAACCCAUCUAGUGACAUGUUGCAUCAUAAAUGGCACCUGCCUUUCUGUUGCCACGUCUGCGGGCUGCUGUUCACUACGUUUACUAAGAACAUACACCAUUGUGCAUUUCUUAAAGUCCCGCUUCUUUAGAAGAUACUUUUUGGGUCUUUCCGAUUGUUCACAAGGUUUGUGUGCUUGAGAUUGUUAUGCUUAUGGUGACCUUUAACACAUCUGCAUUAUUGAUUUAAGCAUGCAUAGCAGUUUGGAUAACAUUUGAGUAUAGAUUGCCAAGCUUCAGUGUGUGAAGUAAAAGAGCUAUUAAUAGGAAUCCAAUGACAUAUGCAGUAGGGGUUUUACUGUAUUGGUGUCAUUGGUACAUGAAGGUGGACAACGUGUGACAUACCCUCAGUCAGUGAUGAACCCUGAGAUAACAGCCUGGUUCUCCAGUGUGGGCUUUCCUCGGCCCUGGUGCUGAGUCAGUGCCGAGGACAGCCCCCUAGGCUGGUGCGUUGGUGCAUCCUUCUCCUCAAAGAGCAGAACAGCGCUAGGACACCCAGGAGAGGGCGGGGUCAGGGCAGGAACUGACCACAGGCUGCGUACAUCUCUCCAAAGAUGGAAAAGGCUAUUAACCUACUUUCCCCCCCAUUUGUCAUGGUGAAACAACAGAUUUUAAAAAUACAAAAAAACACUUUAGAUUAUACUUCCAGUGUUUUAGCUCCCUGGUGGUGAUUUUUAAUUGGAUUUUACUGGGAUGAAGUUUUGUAGGGUGUUUUGUUUUUGAGGCUACUUUUGUUAUUUUCUCUGGUGUGUGCACGGUAACCCCUGGGGGAGGACACUUGCUCUGUGCCUUCUCACUGCCUCCUGUUCCACAGCAGAGGUUCUCCACGUCAAAGAACAUCUGGACAGCUGACUUGGCUGUUCUGAAUGUGGACAAACAUCCUGCUGUUGAAGGCAGUGUAGACAGUUGCCUAUUAGAGCUAGUGACUUGGUUAAUUAACUUAACGGUGUCACUAACCACCCUCCAAUUAACAUUUUGGUACCAACUGAAGUCAGCAACAACUUCGAUCGGGUUUAUAGGCAUUAAUAUAAACGUUAGGCUAUUCUCUAUUGAAAUUUACCACCGUGGCUUUUAUUACUCGAAAAAAUACAUAUAUAAUUCUCACUUGGGAAAAAUAACUACUUUUUUUCUUUUUUAAAUUAUUUUUAAGGUUUUUACAGAUGCCCACUUAACUGUAAAUUGGAUUUUUAAAAUUUGACUUUUAAAUGAGAAAGGUUGCUGACUCUUACGAGUUACUGGACGUGACUUUAAUCAGAAAAUUUCAAAGUAAUUUGGACAUGGUGUUUCCAGUCCUCUAAAAUCAAGGUGCUGCUGGCCUCCGAGGGCAUAUUCUGCUAAGGGCUGUGCACUAUCUUAGAAGCCCCUCCCUCUGUAAGUUUACUGCCACUGACAACAGUGCCGAGGUUACCAAGACAGUUUCAACAAAGUUAGAGUGACAACUCUGAGGUCAAAGUUCACAGGAGCUGUGCAUCCCAUUCAAGUUUCAGAAGCUGCUAUUCUGGGAAAACAGUUGUUAAUUUAACCUGGAAAUCUUCAGGUAAUGAUGUGGAAUUGACUAUCAGGUCACCAUCAGAACUGUGUGGCCUGCCUUCCUCCUCUAACUGCAACACAAACGUGUCAUGUUAAAAAUUGUAAUGCAUAAAAAAAUAGUUUUAGUCUUACCAAAUUUUUGAAACAUAUCUACAGAUAUGUUUACGAAACAUAUGUCUCUCUCAGAUUUUAUUCACGUUUAGACCAAGUAAGCCUGAAUGACCCUGACUUGCUUUAAGUGAAAUAGGAAUAGUUUGGAUUUAUACACUUGAUGAGAGGGUUCUCUCUCUCAAAAUCACUUUAGGCUGUAAGUACCUUUUGGCACUUUGAGUUUUGUUCUGUACACUUGGCAUCGUAAGUAUAAAGCAGGAUGGCCUCCAUCCUCAUGGGCACGUGACCGCUCCUAACGCCGAGAUUUGACUCACAGAGAGGCAGGUAGGAAAUAAAUAUCCCAUUAUCUUUUUAUUUUCCUUUAACACCUUACGGUCUGUCCCUUAAAUAAGCUCUGUUACACUGUUGUGUCCUUGGAAGGUCUGUAUGUAAAAGAAACCUAACAUUUAUCUGUAAAGUAAACUUACUGAACAAAAAUAAGCAAACAAUAUACUUGAUAAACACUAGGAGGGGGGAAAUCUCCAAUUGGUUUGCUCUUUGCUUGUUCAAGUAAUGAACCAUUUUGAAGAGAAAACAGUAUCUGCUGUAAUCCCCAGUGCCUUGAACUCUUUGGAAGGAAUAGCAUUAAAAAAACCUAACAAGCCAACUUUGAGGUGCUAGUGGAAAGGAGGUAUUUCUAGUUUAUGCAAAAAUAGAAGAGUUACUCUCUCAGGAGAGAGGGCUGUCUGCCUGGUGAGGAUGGCUGCUUUCUACCAAAGACAGGAGUGGGGGGUGACCACGGCGGCUGCUGGUACCGCGCUCAUACAUGCAGCACUGAGAGGGAAACCUUAUCGUCUUUGGAACUGCCCGCUGUUAGCUGAACUCAUGGUAACCGAAUACCAAAAACUGCCAUUUUCCGUGAUUGCCGUCUCCCAUAUUUUUCCUUUCCUUGUAAAUAACCUCUCCUACAAGGUAAGCAUUAACUGGAAUGUUUCAAAUGAUUUUUAAGUUUAUUGUCUGUCACUAGUGAACUCCUUUUAUAGAAAUGUACAUUUAAAAUAAAAUAUCAUUAGCUUGUGCUAAAUGGUGUAAAACAUUGUUUACUAUUUUAAAGGAAAAUUGCACAUAAUAUUUAACUGGGAUUGCUUCCUCUCUUCCCAUUUCUUUAAAAAAUUUAAAUCAAGGCUCACAUUGACAUGUAGGCUCUGGGAAGCUUUGCUAUAAACAAACAGAUUCAAUAUAGGAAUGUACUUUUUUAAAGCAUGACGAGACAGAAGGAACUGCAUUAUAAAGCACCCGAUAGAGGACAUUAUUCAAAUGAUUAUGCACAGCUCGGUAAAGAUGAAGUUACAAUUUUUCUUUCAGCUUUGUUACUAUUAUUUUGUUUAAAUGUUCGCUCUCAUUUCAUUAUGUGCCUUGCUCCCUGAUUGUGCAAACCUAUAUAUAGAUAUAUAUAUAGAUAUAUAUAUAUAUAUGAGAGAGAUAUAUUCAGUACUACUGACGAUGUUUUUGUUCUACUGCUAGAUUAAGUUAUUUUCCAAGUUACUCUUGCCAGUGAAGUAUUGUAAUGGCUUAGGACAGUGGUCACACAGUCAGUGUAAAUUUGUUUUCACCAUGUCAGCUUACCCAACCCUUAAUAAAAAUAAUACAUAGAUUUCGUUUAAA